GCUGGCUGGCUGUGGAGUCGUAUAAUGGGAAGAGAUUAUUGUAUUCAAAAUCAGUUUGAAUAAAUGAUUGACAUUAAACUCACUGCUGCACUGAUUCCUGUUCUCUCUCUCAUCUCUCCUGUUAGGCAUCAUGACGCUGUGUGUGUUUGACCAGAUGAAGAAUGCAUCCAUCCUUGGGGGGUUUAAUGCGUCAGUCAAGGGCAGCCCCCCCGCCAUGAGCCAGUAUGUCACUGUGGGAGGUGGGCCAUACACAGGCUUUUACUAUGCUGUAGAGGGAAGCUCCCAGCCUCUCCUCUCUCACGUGGCUCUCGCUGUGGCCAGUAAACUUACCUCAGCCCUCUUCAGUGCUGCCAGUGGAUGGCUAGGUUGGAACAAGCACAAGAAUGAAGAGGUGGUUGUUCAGAAACAGAAGCCCAAGGUGGAGCCUGCAACACCUUUGGGGAUCAGAUUUGGUCUUCCAGACUCCCGUCGUCACGGCGAGUCCAUCUGUCUGUCCCCCUGCAACACGCUUGCGGGAGUAACGGAUGACUUUGGUCGAGUCACACUGCUGGACUUGGCCAGGGGCAUUGCCAUCCGCAUGUGGAAAGGUUACCGAGAUGCUCAACUGGGUUGGCUGCAGGUUCCGGAGGAGCGCGGUGAUCGGGAGUUCUCCCCCUCUGCCUCCCUUCCCAGACGCCAUGCGUUGUUCCUGGUCAUCUACGCACCCCGCAGGGGAAUCCUGGAGGUGUGGGGGAUGCAGCAGGGGCCUCGAGUUGGGGCCUUCACUGUGGGCAAACACUGCAGGUAUAAACAAUGCGAAAACUGAAGGCGUCAACUUUUUCCUGAUAAAACAUAAAUUAACUGUGGUUUAU